AUGCCCCCCCGCAGAGCAAGACGCGGCCGUCCCCAAACAACGCCAACUGGGGCGCCUGACGCCGGCCCUAGCGACGCCCCUCCUAUCGCCUCGACUGCAGCCCCUCCCAACCCGCUGCUGAACCUUCUACAGUCAUUGGUCCCCUCUCCUUCCAUUGAUCCUUCUGGUGCCAGCUUGGCCGCCGACGCGGCCGACAUCGCCAACGUCGCCGACAGUGGCACCUUGCUGCCCACCUCCGGGCUUGGUCACCCUGCCAAUCGCGACAAGCCCUACCCUCUCACUCUUGUACCGUUCGACAUCGCCCAACCUCCUCAGCAUGAGACAUCCUUGGUGAUAUUACCCUACGACGAGAUCGACGUUCAGGAUAAGCUUGGGGGGUUCUGGGUCGAAGAGUACGAGGCGGGCAAUAUCCAAGACGAAGCUAGAUACGAAGACUUAUUCGUUAUUACCUAUCUAAGGAGCUCCUGCCUUGACGUCGACGGUUUUCGCGCUCGCAGAUCUCGCCGAGGCAAUCACCACUAUGUGCUAUACCCAACGGUCUUCGUACGCUCGGUGCGGCUGGACCAGGGCUACUAUAUCGAAACAGAUGAUUACAAGACUCUGCCGGUGGUGAGGAGUGUCAUUGCGAACGCCAUAAGAAAAAAGGAAGCCAAAGCCAAGAGAAACGCAAAGAAAGACAACGAAGGGCUGCCUGCCUCCUCUCAACUCACGUCGAAGACGCUUGGCGGGCUCACGCCAGACGUUGGCUUGGAAGGAUCCUACUUCACACAGUCUCCAGAAGGAGGGUCUUCAGAGAGCUCUGCUCACCAACUUGUCAACAAGAUCCUCUAUUUUGUCGCCGAGAUCAAGUGGGGAAAAAUGGCUAGGCGCGACCUCGAAAAUUGGCGGAAACUGGACCAAGCCAUCCUCCAGUAUGCUUGCCUGGAGGCCCUCUUCCAAGCGGUAUACUACCUCCACAUGGCGUUUACAGUGUCCAGAACUCGCAUUGCUAUCGCCUUGGCGAACGAGUUCUACACUCGCUUGGUGAACGUGACGGGAGAAGAAGGAGGUCCGCAGAGGAUCCUAGUCGAAGCUCCGCCAGACGUUGUAGCGGCAUCGAGAGAGCUGGAAUCCCACGCAGACGGCAUGAGCCCCAGUGAUAUUCUCAAGUUGGCCGAGGACAAUGCGAGUUUUUGA